GACGCCUGCUAUAGGAUGAAAAUCACGGGCAAGCCCCGGCCCGUCCUGGGCCAUAUCGAUGGCUGGGUGAAACCGGGCAUAUCAACAGCCCUAUUGGGCGUUUCCGGUGCGGGCAAGACAGAUUUGCUGGACUGUAUGACUAAUAAUCGCACUGGGGUAAGUAUGCUUACUGGUGAAAUGCUAAUCAAUGUGAAGUUAUGCGAGAAAAGCUUUCAGCGCAAGACGGGGUAUGCGCAACAGCAAGAUCUACACCGGGAUACGACCGCCGUCCGUGAGCCUUCUGCUAUGUUGUUUCAACGCUUCGAUUUCUCGGUAUUCCUUACAGAGGGGGGAAGCACUGUCUACUUCAGCAGGGUGUUUCGAUCCCUGAUAACCUCAAGCAUGCGCUAA